AUGGCUACCACUAACCGAAAGACGGCAGAGAAGAUUUAUCACUGGAUCAACUAUAUUGACUGUGCUCUUUCCCAUCCGAAACCAUUACCGACGGGAAAACAUGUUUUUCGUAGUGAUCUUAAAGCCGAUCCAGAAUUACGUGAAAUCUAUGAAUGUUUGUUCAGACUAUACACAGAGGAGAAGGCGUCUACAGAAUUUAGGGAACCAGUGAACGCACUUCAGCAUGGUCUCUUUAAUUAUUAUACCGUCAUAACGGAACCAAUGUCGUUACGCACAGUUUUAGAUCGCAUCGCUGAAGGUAAUCACUAUUCAGAUGCAUCAGAGGUGAUGAGUGAUGUAGAGAAGAUAUGGAGCAACUGUGAAAAGUUUAAUGGUGCCGAUUCUGCCAUUACUGCUGAAGCGAGAAAAUGUCAGUUGGCGUUAACAUUGCUGAUAAAGAGUGUAGCGGAUGAGCAGUUGGCUCCUCCAUCUGAGGUGGAUGAGGUGAUUGCUCAGUUGAAUAAUAUGGAUGUUUCCGUGUUAGCAGAAGUUGAAGAGUACUUCAGAAAAUCAGAUCCUACUCUCAUAGGUGAGAACUCUGAUGUGGAUGUGCCAAAUUUAAAAGUUAAACAUCUAAAGGAAAUGAGAAAGAUAAUUGAACGCGCUGAAAGGGCCGGUUCUUGA